AUGACACUGUCCAACAAAUCGUACAAAUCGCAAGAGUCCUGGAGGAAGAUCCAGCAAUUCCUCCCGCCCCGACUCCAUUUCACUCCCGAACAUGCGCCUGUUGAAGAAUGGUGGCAGAGCCAUGGCCACAGCAUCCACCUCGACCGCUGGCGGAAUCCCGAUGCCAAGGUACGCGUCAUCCUGCAUCACGGUGUCGGCACCAACGGCCGCCAGAUGUCCGUGAUUCUGGGCGUGCCUCUCCACGCGGCGGGCUUUGAGCUGGUCGCCAUCGACAUGCCCGGGUAUGGAUGCACCAAGGCGAACGGCGUGUACUCAUACGACGACUGGGUUCGCAUCGCGGUGGAUUUCAUCGACCACGAGCUGCAGAACGAUCCCCGACCGAUCGUGCUCUACGGACUGAGUGCGGGCGGCAUGCUGGCCUAUCAUGCGGCAGCCAUCAGCAAGAAGGUCUCAGGAAUCGUCGCCAUGUGUUUUCUCAACCAGCGCAACCAGCAAUGCGCCGAUACAACCGCGAGAAACGUCUUCAUGAGCCGGGUGGGCGUGCCGAUGGCGCGGCUGUGCAACAACUUUCUCCUCAAAGGGCUGUCAGUCCCGAUGGCCCUGCCAGUGAAGAUGUCAACCCUGGUCAACGAUCCGGACGCUCUCCGGGUCUUCCUCGCUGAUAAGACGUCCGCGGGCUCAUGGGCAUCCAUGCGCUUCCUGUCGACAUACAUGAGUUACGAGCCCGCCAUCGAACCGGAGCAGUUCGACGUCUGCCCGAUUCUCCUGACCCAGCCGGCCGAAGAUCGGUGGUCGCCGCGCUGGAUCAGUGAGCUGUUCCUGUCGCGGGUGCAGAAGGUGCCGGUGAAGAGAUUGGAGCUGGAAAAUGCCGGCCAUUACCCCCUGGAGGAUCCCGGGUUGCGGCAGAUGGCGGAUGUGAUUAUUGACUUCCUUCGGAGUUUGCCGGCGGUUUAG